AUGGCUGGCAACGCCGCAUUGUUAGACAAGGGCCCGAGCAUGAACUGGGCUACGGACGACGGGCUUUACAGACGCUUUAAAAUUUGGAAGCAAAGAUGCGAGCUGCUGUUUACCGGUCCAAUGUCCCGUAUGGACGAAGAAAUUAAAUGCAAAUACCUCCUUUACUGGGCAGAAUACAGUGAUGUAUUCGCGGGGAUUGGUCGUUUUCCAGGGCCUGCAUAUCACAUAGAGACAGACCCAGCUGUCCCACCUGUGAAGCAUCCACCUAGGCAAGUACCCGUGCAUGUGCAGUCAGCCUACAAAGAUGAGCUGAACAAACUACAGGAACUAGGAAUCCUACAAGAAGUUCAAAACGAGUACACCCCAUGGGUAAACUCAACUGUGGUAACGUCAAAGCCAAAUGGAUCAAUUCGCUUAUGCCUAGACCCUCGAGAUUUAAACAAGGCAAUCAAACGAAAUCCAUACUACGUCCGCACAAUUGACGAUGUCAUACCAAAAGUUAGUGGUGCCACACAUUUCAGUAUCCUGGAUGCUCGGAAUGGAUACUGGCAAGUUGACAUUGAUGAAGAAAGCAGCAAGCUCUGUACAUUCAAUACGCCAUGGGGAAAAUACCUCUGGACAAGACUACCCUUUGGCUUAACUGUGAGUGGUGAUGUGUUCCAAAAAAAGAUGGACACAGUAUUUGGAAAGGUCAAUGGACUGAGUGGUAUAGCAGAUGACACAUUCGUAUAUGGUAAAAGCGAAAUGGCUCACGACCAGAAUAUUCUCAACACCCUCGAUACAGCUCGUGAAAAUGGUGUUAAGUUCAAACUAGACAAAUUCUAG